AAGCCAGACGCCGGAUGUCCGUUAUGUAGAUGUCUUAUAACAGAGGUGCAAGGGCAGGUAAAUCCAACUUCAGUCGAUGUUGCCGACGCCCUGCCAACAGACUUCAUGAUGCAAGCGCUGGUGGAGAGCGCUCGUGUGCUGGCAAAGGAUCCAGUUAGCUGCGCGUGCGAAGACGUGGCUGCUGACUCCAUCUGUGUGGAGUGCCUGGACAUGCUGUGCUUGUCGUGUUGUCGAGCGCACAAGAAGACAACCGUCUCACGCCAUCACAACGUGGAGAGUCUCAGCACUGUGACACCUGAACGUCUGGCUGCCAGCCGCCCUGCACUGUGUGCUGACCACGGCGACAAACAGGCGGAGUUCUUCUGCAUCGACCACCGCCGAGCUGUGUGUGCCUCCUGUUGCAUCAUCAAGCACAGAGAAUGUUCGGAGGUCAGAGAGAUGAACGACGAAAUAGCUUUAGCGGAAAAUUCUCUGAAGGUUUUGACCAUCAGACUCGUUAAUGGGGAGCAGAGACUGGAGCGCGCGAUAGCUCAGCUGGAAGCGCGAGUCCGCGACGAUUACCUCAGCGAACUAGAAGACAUAAAGCAAGCGAACAUUGCGUGUGACCGCCUGCAGAAGCUGGUGGAGGCUACUCGUGACAAGAUAAAGCAGACAAUCGGGUCAUUGCAUUUCAGAGCAAUGAAAUCCCUGCUAAGUGUCAAAGGCUCGCUGUGCACACAGUUGUCCAAGCUGAAGGCUCACAAGCAAGUGGCGAUGCGAGCGACAACAGUUGCAGUGAGGCCUUCACUCAUCUACGCCAACGAGGCUCUGACAGACAGGGUCAACAACCUUGACCUCGACGUUGACUUUGAAGUGGAUGUGAGCACGAAUCCCUCGAUGAACAUUAGAGGCUGUGAAGAGCUCGUCAGAUGGGUGGAGAAAGAACUGGCGAUGAUGGGGCAACAGACUAAAGCACCUGAGACACUGCAACUCACCUUCCACGCCAACCGCGGCAACAGCAUCCUGCUAACUCACGACAAGAAGACAGCAGAGCGGGUGGCUGCGGACAACGCUGUCUUUAGCAUGGGCGGCGUUGUGGUGUCGUGCGAGGCGCUGGAAGACAACUGGCUGUACCAGGUUCGGGUGGACAAGACUGACCGUAAGUGGAAAAAAAUGCUUUAUGGAGUAGCUGGACUACACCCAUCCAACCUCAGCAUACAACAACAGAUACUGGAAAUGGCGGAUAGUAUAAUCAUAAAGGAGUUUGGUCUUCUCACAACAGCAGAGGGCAAUGUGAAAGAAGGAAGUGUCAUUGGAAUGACAGUAGACUCAUCUAAUAACCUUCACCUUUACUUUGAUGGGAAAGAGGUUGGUGUAACGGCUCAGAAUGUUCCUCGACCCUGCUACGCCGUCUUUGACCUCUGUAACCAGGUGGUGAAGGUGACAGCACUUCCUGUUGUAAAGUUAGAGACAGGUCGACCAGAGAGCAGAGAAAUGUCCUGGAAAAUUGUGAAAGAAAAAUAAACUUUGCGACUUGCAACACAAACGCUUCUUCGUUUACCAGUGUUCAAACCACGCGAACUUCAAAAGAACCAUCUUACAUCUGUGUAAAGUAAAGAACAGAAAAGAAACCCAACUCAGUGCUUGAGUUUCUGGUGUUUUCCUUGUGUCAGUUCGGUUUUUUCGUCACUUUGCUGUUCUAGUGAUCAUUGUGCUCGUAGUUCUCGUGGUUUGCUUUGUGCUGUGCGCUGGUCAUUCAGAUUUUGCGUGAAAAAAAAAUUAAGGAGUCGACAGAAGGGAUUUCUAUAGUGUCUAUUGUAUCUCGGAGCAAAACAUAUAAUACCACGUGACUUUGUUAUGGAUUUAAUAGAAAGUCUCAAUAAAGACUCGAGUUUUGUUUUCACCAAUAAGUGAGGCAAUAAUGCUAUUUUUUAUUUUUCAGUUUCUGGUUUAACUAUUUGAUCAAAAAGGCAUCUUUGCAGAAACUUCAGUAUGGCCAUAUUUUUAGAAUUGUGUAUUUUUGUGUCAGAACAAAGUACAGAACUUUACAAAUUUAAAGAACAUUGUACAGUGAUACCUCGGUUCUCGAACGCCUUGACUUUAGACCAAAUCGGUAUUGGACCAAGAAAUUCGAGAAAAUUUUGUCUUGGAAUUCGAACAAAUAUUUGGAACUCGAACAUCCAAACGUCCGAGAUGAGCCGAGUUGAGCCGAAUGGCGUUCAUUCUGCCCAGCGCGC